ACAACAACACUUCGCGGAAAACCGGUUGGUGGAAGUUGGAAAACUUAUCAAAGAGUUAGUUAGAUCGUCAUGUUAAGAUGUGGAUGUACAGUUUUAUUUUGUUUCUCGGAUAUCUGAACCAAAUUUGGUCGCAGGACUCAACAGACUGUUCACCGAAUGACCAGGUUCCUUGCAAGAAACAUGGUUACAGAGGAACAAAUUGCAGCGAAGGCAUUCUGAGUUAUGUCCUGAGGGACAUGCCAUAUAUUACAGGCAGUCUGGACUAUCCCGGCAGUCCCAGCAAUCUCAGGGCAUCAGCCCAGUAUAAGUGGCAUCAUAAGAGUGAAAAACAUUUAGUGGAGGUUAACCUAACCAUCACUCCUCCAGCUAAUGGCGGUCUAAAGUUCUUGAAGGGGUUUGAGGUGGUACGCAUUAUGCCUGAUUAUGUAAAUUCGUGCUACAUCCUGAAUUUAUCAGAUGUCACAUGGACCACUCAUCACUUACAGACGACAUUUGAGCUGAGCUUGUUCCCAUUGAAACCCUCUGUGCAGUUUAUAGUGUACUCUCUGCCCAAGUACAAGCCUGGAAUGUUUGAUGCUUAUCGUAACUUAAUAGUGAAAAUGCCGGUGUAUACUAAUGACUCAGAAGCAUGGAACUGGGCAGCUGAAAUCUUCUUGGAUUUACUUGAAGAAGAUGGUGUAAUUAAUGUUACUAUUAACAGCCCACCAGAGGAAUUUAAGUUCACUUCAUUUGAAUAUCGACUUAUCUCCAAUAACACAACUGUCAAACAUGACAUCGUAAAUAAGCUCAAUUACAGGUUUUACAAUGUAACAUCUGGAGAGUAUAAUAUUACGGUGAAACCCUAUGAUCCGGGCUAUAUGACGAUGGAUACAUCCAAAUGCUUAUGCCCUAAAAAAGGCAUGGUGGCCACAUGUGAUCAGUGUGUGACUACACAUACACCGAAAUUCAACUUCACUUUAACCAGUUCGCCCUGCUUGAACGAGCCGAAGCCCUCGUAUUGUUACCCAACUGCUGUUUGGACAAACCGUCCGGUCACCACGCAGGGUAUCAGGUCACUGGCCGAGAGCUCACAUCAACUGGAAACCACCGCAAUAGUCUUGCAGCAGGAUUCCAGUGAUCAACUGAUCGUGGAUCUGUCAGUUGGUGGGGUAGUUCUGUGCUUAGUCACAGCAGGAGUUGUUUCGUUUGUUUUACUGAGAAAGUGCAAGAAAAAGGAGGCAGAAAAUGCGGACAAGGAGAAAACUGAGCUCAGAGGAGCAGAUGACCUCCCCACUGCCAUGGCCAAUGAUGGGUUUGUGGAUGUCUUAGAAGAUGAUGGAAUGUCUGUUCUCACCUAUCCGAACAAUCUGAACAAAGGUGGACUGCUUCAGUUUGAAAAGAAGCCAAAGUUGUUCCUGUUGUAUGAAGACGAAAAUGAGCACCAUCGUCGUGUGGUGACCACUUUUGGUACAUACCUGCAGACGUACUGCCAGUGUGAUGUUAUGAUGGCAGAGUUCACGCUUGAUGCCCCGUGGGUACACCAGGAUCUGGAGCGGGCUGACUACACUGUUGUCAUCAACUCAGAGGGCGCCUUUAGGGCCAACAUGUCGCCCAGUUCCAAACCUAUGUCGAGUAUCAAUAGCUUGAGAAAUAAAUUCAAGCAUGAAGAGAAGUAUGAUAAAAUUGUCAUGGUAUAUUUUGAGUACACUGAUGAGCAAUUCAUCAUACCAGACAUCUGUCCUGGAUUCAAGUACAAGCUCAUGAAGCAUUUCUCCGACUUCCUACUCCAUGUUCACAAGAUUUAUCGUGCUGACAAGGACCUUGUCCAGUAUGACUUGCCCUUGGAUGGCAACCUUCAGCAUCGUCCCAUUGGUCAUCAACUGGCUGAAGCUAUAGCCCAAGUGAUACAGUAUGAGCAAAACAAACCUAAGAGGGCCAUGCUUACUGGAUCGAAUCUGUUGUCUUGGAACAGACAGAAUAGCGAUGACAGCAGGUACGAUUCUGGGCUUCAGUCUGAUAUUGGUUCCCCUGGGGUCUUUUCUAUCAAUGAAAAUGAGUUAUGGCCCCUUAGACCAAACUUGCUGGCCAUGAUGCAAGGCGAGUCUGACACAAUCACCAUCACUCCCUCUGAUGUUGGUAUCCUUUAUGACAUCAACUGUAGUCAGGAUGCAUUCAACAACGAACCCUCUGAUGUCAAUAACGAUUGUGGAAACUUCUCUGUUUCCAAAAAACGUCCUCAUUUCUAUAUGGCCAUGGAUCCUGGCAAAUACCCGUCUAAGUUUGUAAACCAAGAUUCGGUCGACUCUGGAAAGGGUGACUUUGAAUUUAUCGCUCCUGAAGAUUUUGAUGAAUCCGAUGUACUUAGCAAAACACUGUCCAAUCAAAUGCUACACUUUGUUGACUGUUACGAGCAGACCAGCAUGCAUGGCUCGGUUCCCUCUGGAAGUAAGGUGUAUUCUUCAGGUCAGCAGAAUGAUCUGUCAAAAUCCACUCAUCCUGGCUAUGACAGAUCAGCUGAUUUGCAGAUUUUACAGACACAGUUUGAGAAUGAUGAUGUCAUAAGUCUUGGGGGUGUCAGCAUCUGAAAAAAAGUGUCAUUGCAUUUGUAUAUACCGUAAUAAGUCUAAGUUUUCAGACACUGAAAUGUACAAUAAAAAUACAUGUCUGAAAAGUUUAAUUAUUUUUAAAUAAGACUCAAUAAAAUCCAAUAACUCAAUGCACAAUAGCGUUUCUACUAUUAAAUAAAUACAACCUCACAGCUUUGCUAACUCUUGCCUGAAAUGAUUCAGAACAAAAAAAUAAAAACAUUAAACAUACUGCUUCCUUAACAGGAAGAUAUCAUUAAAAAUGCAGUUGGGUUAAAAAAAGAUCUUUUCUUGAUAAAUCUUUGUGUGAAGGGAUUGGUUAUUGGUUAUUUUCCCAAUAACGCAAAUGUUAAGGUCUAUUGCCCUCAGGCAUGCCUCUCCCAGGUUUUAUGACCUUAAUCCAUUUGUAAAAAUUAGUGAUCGAGGUGUCUCAAGAUGAGUCAAUACAGUGCCCAAAUCUGGUAAAAUAGCACUGUAAAAUAUACUGUCAGAAAAUUUAGAGUCAUUAACGCUAGACGAAAAACGCUCAUGUCCGAAAAUUAAGAGUCACACAAAAAGUUAUUUAUUCUUUUGCCAAAAGGGGGUGUCCAAAAACUUAGAGUAAUUACGGUAUAUAAAAUAUAGUUUAAUACAAACAGUGGCUGUUUACGGGACCAGGACUGGUAUAAAGAGAUAAAAAAAAAAAAUGUACCUCGUUAAUUGCUGUUUUUACUAACAAAGGAACAUCUAAUUUGACAUUUAUUUGAGGUCGGUGAUUUGUUAAUUUAAGUGCCAUAUUAUGCAUAUAUAACAAAUUAUGUUGAUUGUUUAUUAUAAGAGAAUAAGGAUUUCUUUCAAAUUGAGGAUAUGCAUAGCACACUACAAUUCUAUGCCAUUUUGAUUUUAAAAAACAACACACAAACGAAAUGUAUACCUGUUGAACAAAUAUGAGAGGUAUUUUGUGCAAGAACAUAAUUUCUCAUAAAGAACAGUGAUAUUUAUACUCCAUAAUUGAUUUUUUUCCACUUUGCAAUUUGUUUCAGCAUAGCCUGAAUAUGCUUUUUAUACAAAUAAGUGUUUUUAAAAAUUCCUAUCCAGACAAGUAUUUACUGAAAAUGGCAACUACAGUGUCAUGUUAGAUAAAUUUAAUGUGAAAAGCCUUCUUAUGAAAACCACAUUUUUGUAUAAGCUAAUGCAACAAAUUUAUACAAAUGCUUUUUACUGUUUAAAUUUGCCUGAUUUCGUUUUUUUGAAACAACCACGUUAUAGGUUGAAUAAUGUGUUACACAAUGUUUUUUAAUUUGUCAUUGUUACUUGUGACAUAAGAUCAUUAAAGUGUUUUAUUGAAGUGCAAACCAAAUCGUGUCAGAAUGUUGUGUGACAGUUAAAUAUAGAUGUACCAGUAUAUUUUUGAGAAAACUGUUAAUAUUUUUGUUAAAUGAACUGUCACUGUAACUUCAGAAACAACAAGAGAUGUAUUCGUCAGAAACACAAUGCCCCCUAUUGAAAUAUUUUUAUGUCCCCCACUAUAGUAGUGGGGGACAUAUUGUUUUUGCCCUGUCUGUUGGUUGGUUGGUCUGUCUGUCUGUCUGUCUGUUUGCGCGAACUUUAACAUUUGCAAUAACUUUUGCAAUAUUGAAGAUAGCAACUAGAUAUUUGGCAUGCAUAUGUAUCUCAUGGAGCUGCACAUUUUGAGUGGUGAAAGCUCAAGGUCAAGGUCAUCCUUCAAGGUCAAAGGUCAAAUAUAUGGGUCAAAAUCGCUAAUUUAAUGUACGCUUUUGCAGUAUUUCAAUAUUCAAGAUAGCAACUUGAUAUUUGGCAUGCAUGUGUAUCUCAUGGAGCUGCAUAUUUUUAGUGGUGAAAGGUCAAGGUCAAGGUCAGAGGUCAAAUAUAUGUUACCAAAAUCGCUCAUUUUAUGAGUUCUUUUUUAAUAUUGAAGAUAGCAUCUUGAUAUUUGGCAUGCAUGUGUAUCUCAUGGAGCUGCACAUUUUGAGUGGUGAAAGAUCAAGGUCAAGGUCAUUCUUCAAGGUCAGAGGUCAAAUAUAUGUGGCCCAAAUCGCUUAUUUUAUGAAUACUUUUGCAAUAUUGAAGAUAGCAACUUGAUAUUUGGCAUGCAUGUGUAUCUCAUGGAGCUGCACAUUUUGAGUGGUGAAAGGUCAAGGUCAAGGUCAUCCUUCAAGGUCAAAUAUAUGGGUCAAAAUUGCUCAUGUAAUGUCACUUCUGCAAUAUUGAAGCUAGCAAUUUUAUAUUUGAAAUGCAUGUGUAUCUCAUGGAGCUGCACAUUUUGAGUGGUGAAGGGUCAAGGUCAAGGUCAUCCUACAAGGUCAAACGUCAUAAAGCGGGACAUUGUGUUUCACAAACGCAUCUUGUUAUUUUUUAUUUGUUUACCUUUGACCUUGAAGGAUGACCUUGACCUUAAACUUCCACCACUCACAAUGUGAGUACGCCGCUUGAAUUUUUUUAUAUUUAUUUUUUGACCUUUGACCUUGAAGGAUGACCUUGACCUUGAACUUCCAUCAUUCAAAAUGUGCAGCUUCAUGAGAUACACAUGCAGACGGACGGACGGACAGACGCCAUAUAUUUGACAUUUGACCUUGAAGGAUGACCUUGACCUUCACCUUUCACCACUCAAAAUGUUCAGCUCCAUGAGAUACACAUGCAUGCCAAAUAUCAAGUUGCUAUCUUCAAUAUUGAAAAAGUUAUGGCCAAUGUUAAAGUUUGCGGACGGACAGACGCCAUAUAUUUGACAUUUGGCCUUGAAGGAUGACCUUGACCUUCACCUUUCACCACUCAAAAUGUUCAGCUCCAUGAGAUACACAUGCAUGCCAAAUAUCAAGUUGCUAUCUUCAAUAGUGAAAAAGUUAUGGCCAACGUUAAAGUUUUUGGACGGACGGACAGACGCCAUAUAUUAGACAUUUGACCUUAAAGGAUGACCUUGACCUUCACCUUUCACCACUAAAAAUGUGCAGCUCCGUGAGAUGCACAUGCAUGCAAAAUAUCAAGUUUCUAUUUUCAAUAAUGCAAAAGUUAUGGCCAACGUUAAAGUGUUUUUUUGGACGGACGGACAGACUGACAUACACACAUACUGACACACUGACUGACGGACAGUUCAACUGCUAUAUGCCACCCUACCGGGGGCAUAAAAACUGGUUCUUCAUUUAUAAAAUAUGUAUGAGAAAGUUUGACUUCUGAAAUUGAAUCCUAAAUGAUAGAGAAAGUGAAGUUUUAUGGGUAAUUGUAUUUAUAUAUUAGAAAUAAAAAAUUGUAUCAUAGUUUGUAGUCAAAUUACCGACAGAAGUAUAUAUGGAAAAGGAAUAAGUAGUAUACAUUAUGUCAUAGGAAUAGAAAUUAGAUCACGAUGGAUCACAAAUCAUGAAUGCUUAUUUUGCCCCUGACAUAGGUUUAUUCUUCAACAAACAAUGGAUGAAAUUAUAUAAUUUUUUAUUAAAACGUCAUGCCGUUGCCUGUAUUGCUACUUUUAAACAUGGCCACCAGUGGGCGGGGUAUUUUUCCUUACAUGGACUUAUGAAUCUUCAUGAGACUUUGUCAGUAUAUUUGUUUAAAUGAUAUCUCGGAUGUGUAUGAAAAUGGUUCUGGUCUGUUGAAAAAUGUGGCUGCUAGGGUGUUCACUAGUCAUGAAAGUUGGUAAGAACAUUUUGUUCUAAUGACAUCUUGGGCUGCACAGAACAGGUCAGUUCCUUUGAAUCUCAGGUGAGCAACUUUGGACCUGUCAGGCCCUCUUGUUUAUAUAUACCAUUAGCUUGUAUUUUGUAAAUGUUGGCAAUAGAUGAAGCAUGUUUUUGAAGGUAAUGUUUGAAUGAAACACCAUGUACUUGUUAUGUAAACUUGUGGUCAGUUGACGAUUAAUUUGUUUAGAUGUUUUAUGUAAGUAAACUAGAUCUGAUGUGUUCUUUUGUUUGUCAAAAUAUUAAGUUCAUACAAUCAAGACCCAUACUAUGAUUAUCAUGUGUUAAAUAUUUGAUAGAAAGUCACCUAAAAAUAUGUGUAAAUCCAUAUAAUUAAUACCAGUCAUUUUUUAUGUAUAUGAUAUUGAUAUAUCUACUGUUAUUAUGAAUAUAUCUAUUGGUCCAUUUUAAUUUUAACCAUAGAUGAUCAAUGAAUAUUGUAUGAUUUUUCCUUAAUUGUUUUGAACCAUUUUAGGAACCCACGAUUCCUAUUAUAUGUUAUGUUUUAUGAAUGACCUUGAGAGAUUAAGCCAUCAAAAUUGCUUAGUCAUGCAUAAUUAAUGACACUGCUCAUUAGAUUGUGUCCAAUGCUGCAGGGAAAUUAACCAAUCAAAAGACUUGUUUCAAAUGUGUUACUAUGCAGGCAGUGUUCCCUUUGUAGUAUACACCAAUUUGAAUUGAAAUGAUUGUGUCGAAGACUUCAUUGAUUUCCUUGCUAAUAAACUCGCUUGUAAGGUGCAAGUGGACUGUGCAAUCAGCUGCAUGCAUAUAAAUCAAAAGCUAAUUUUUGAAAACCGUAAUAUUCUUAUUGUUAAAAAUCCCAUUACAAUUUUGCAUAUUAGAAUCGCCCAUAAUUUAUUGUUUGAUAUCAUAGCUAGUUUAUGUAUGCAACAGUAGGUAAAAACAAUACCGAUGUAAGUAAUUUUACAGACAAUUAUUAUAUAGUUAAUUUUUGAAGGAUAUUUUUUAAAGCUUUAUUAUGCCCCCCUUUGAAGAAGAGGGAGUAUAUUGUUUUGUACAUGUCGGUCCAACGGUCGGUCCGUCCACCAAAUGGUUUCCGGAUAAUACAUGUGUAACUCAAAAAUGCUUUGGCCUGGGAUCAGGAAAGUUUAUAGGUACAUAGAUCAUGACUGGCAGAUGACCCCUAUUGAUUUUCAGGUCACUAGGUCAAAGGUCAAGUUCACAGUGACUCGAAACAGUGAAAUGGGGUCACAGUGACUCAAAACAGUAAAAUGGUUUCCAGAUGAUUACUCAAGAACGCUUACGUCUAGGAUCAGGAAAAUUCAUGGGGACAUUGGUCAUGAUCGACAGAUGACCAUUAUUGACUUUCAGGACUCUCGGUCAAAGGUCAAGGUCACAGUGACUUGAAACAGUAAAAUGGUUUCUGGAUGAUAACUCACAAAUGCUUAGGACUAGGAUCAGGAAAGUUAAUAGGGACAAUGGUCCUGACUGGCAGAUGACACCUUUUGAUUUUCAGGUCACUGUGUCAAAGGUCAAGGUCACAGUGACCUGAAGCAGAAAAACUGUUUCCGGAUAAUAAAUCAAGAACGCUUAGGCCUGCUAUCAGGAAAGUUCACAGGGACAUCGGUCAUGACCGGCAGAUUACCUCUAUUGACUUUCAGGUCACUAGGUCAAAGUUCAAGGUCACAGUGACUCGAAACAGUAAAAUGGUUUCUGGAUGAUAACUCCAGAACGCUUAAGCCUGGGAUCAGAAAAGUUCAUAGGGACAUUGAUCAUAACUAACAGAUGACCCCUAUUGAUUUUCAGUACUCUAGGUCAAAGGUCAAGGUCACAGUGACUUGAAACAGUAAAAUGGUUUCCGGAUGAUAACUCACGAAUGCAACUCCAUGAGUCACCCGAGCAAUUCUUUAAAUUGCCAACCAUACUCUUAACGUAUUCACACAAUUGCUGCCACUACAACUGACAGUCCAUUUGGGGGGCAUGCGUGUUUUACAAACAGCCCUUGAUUAAUAUUAAUCUUAUUUGAUUACAUAAUGUUUAAUUGUGAGAUUUUUUUUGUUUAAUUUAUUUAAAAUUUUAUACUUAGCUCUUUAUACUCAGCUUGUCUAUCAGUUACCGGUAGGUAUAUUAUGUCUGUUCUGAGUAUAGGUAAAAACACUGUAGUUGUGAUGAAGCAAAUUACUUUAACUAUUAUUUGUAUGGGGACACACUAAUUUUUUUGCAAAAUAUGAAUACUUCUUUCAAUAAUCACUGUAACCCACACGGUCACACCUCUAAAUGAUGAUGUUAUGUGACAUGUUGGCACUCUUGUUCUUUGUGUAUUUCUCUGAAAAUUAAUUGCCUUUAAUUUUCGCUAUAUUCCAGCACGGAUAUGGUUUACUUCAAAGACGUAUAAUAGGUCUUUGUUUACAGUAAGAAUUCUGAAAAUAUGUACAUGAAUGCAGUCUUGAUUUACACAUGACGUCAUUCUAUAAAUUACGGUCAGUUAUUCUUGUUUAAAGACUUUCUUCGUUUAAAAUGUACGUUUUCAUAACUUAUUAAUCAAACCACAUCCCAUAUGCUACAAUAUUAAAUUUGUUUGAGCCAUCAUUAUCAUAAGUUAUAUGUUUCAGACUUAGUUCUUGGACUCACUGUGAAUGUAGUUGAAAGUUUAUCUUGCGGAAUGAUCAGUUAGAAUUUAUUGGAAUUUUAUUUUCAUAGAAAAUCUAUUUUCAGUCUUGUCUAUGGUUGUUUAUUUUUAAGAACAUACAUUUUAUCUUUGAAAUUGUAUAUUAUUAAGUUAUUUGCCGUUUACUGUCUUGCUGAGUAUAUGUGUAUGCAAUUAAUUAAAAAAAGUAUUAUAUCAUAACUUAAUCAUGCCCAUUUAAAAUGAAUCAUUAAUCAAGUGCUUUACUGAACUCUUUUUUUAAAUUAUAUAUUGUAAAAUAUCAAGAGUGCUGUAUUGUACAAUUUCUUUUUUAUUUUUCUAUAUUUGAUUAUAUAUAUUUACAUACUAUUAGUCAUUUUGAGGUUUUUCAUUUAUAUGUCUCCAUCUUGUAUACUUACAUAAAAUUUCUCUUAAUUUGUUUUAUGAAGCAUUUAUACAUUUACAUAUGUGUUUAUUCAAUUGAGCCUAGCUCGGGAAAAAAGGGCUUAAUGCAUUUGCGUACUGCACAGGCUAAUCUGGGACAACACUUUUUACAUGUGUUUUAUGCCCUGUUUUCCCAAAGCGAGACUUUUUAUAAUCUACCAGUCUAUCACUGUGUAUUUUAUUAUGUCAAUUUGAUAAAAUUAUUGUCUUAUAUGUAGAAAAUGUAACCAGAGUACCUUUGCGCUUUGUGGACGUUUUUAUACAUAAACAGUGACAUAAACAAUAUAUUAAAACACCCUUACAUUGUUUCUGUAUGUAAGAUCAAAAUAUGUUAAUAGUAAUGCAGGAACAUUUCAAUUUUCAUUAUAACUCAUCUUGUUUUGUCCAGUAUGUAUUCCUGCAUGUAACUUUGAACUGUUGUUAACUUGUUGUUGUUUAAAAGGCAAUAUUUUAAUGUAUAAUUAUUGUUUCAUGUCUCAAAUAAUAUGCGAAAUGUUUCAAUAGAUUUUGCCUUUUUAAGCACUUCUAGGCAAAACAGUCAUAUUAUUUUAUGAAUAUUCAUGUUGUCUGAGUUUAUAAACAAAAACUAGGAAGAUAUUUCUCAGAAACCAUUAAACUCUUACAAUACAGCAAUAUUAGUUUAUUAUGUUUGACUCACAUACAAGGCUACACAAAUUAUUGUCGUCUCAUAAACUAAACUGCGAGAAUUCUAAUCGACUCAUAAAUAAUAUCGCACUAUUCUUUAUGGCUCAUAAACAAUACUGCGAGAAUUCUAUUCUGCUCAUUAACAAUAUUGCAAGAAUUAUCCGCUCAUAAACGAUAUUGUGCAAAUUCUUUUCGGCUCAUAAACAAUACUGCGAGAAUUUUAUUCAGCUCAUGAACAAUACUGCGUGAGUUCUGUUCCACUCAUACACCAUACCAGUAGAAUUCAGUUUAGCGCCUAUACAACACAAUACAAAUUAUGUGCAGCUCAUAUAUGAUGCCACAAGAAUUACCUGCACAUCCCCCCUGAAAUGUUUCUGUAAACAGUUUGUAUUAAAUAGCAUACCAAAUAAAAUCAGUGAUUUUCUAAAUGUAUGGCUUGCAUUCAAUAAUAAUUAAAAUGUGGCAUGAUG